UGAAAACAGUGUUAUUCUUUAUUCAGCAUAUGAUGGCCAGCUUUCAUCGAUACAUUCAAUAAAAUGGAAGAAUGAAAAGUAUAGAUGUAUUUUUUUUUGUUUCAGCGAAAGAUAGAUCAUGAAACUAUGAGGAUACCUAUGAAACUUUACCUCAUAGUAUUUGUCUGUGCAUUCAUAAUAUUAGUACAAUAUCACAUUUACAACCCUUGGGUAAUACCAAAUGGAAUCAACAAUAAUGUUAACGAAGUACGACAAGAAGUCAGCGAAAGGAAACUCCAAGUGUUGUGCAAUAACGUGACACCUGAUGAUGGUUCUGAUUUACCGCCUCUCUUCAUUAUAACACCCACAUACAAAAGACCUGAACAACUUGCAGAACUUACUCGAUUAUCUCAUACCCUAAUGCAUGUGCCGAAUCUAACUUGGUUAGUGAUAGAGGAUGCCUAUAAAAGGAAUGAUCUCAUAGAGGAACUAUUGAGCAGAUCAGGGCUAAGAUACCAAUACAUGGUUGCACCGAUGCCUGUAGAAUUCAAAAACAAAACUAGAGGUCCUAAGCCCAGAGGAGUCUCAAACAGAAACAAGGGGUUGCAGUGGAUACGACAAAAUGCUAAGUCAGGCGUGUUUUACUUUGCAGAUGACGACAACACCUACGAUUUGGAGUUAUUCAAGCAAAUAAGGUACACAAAAAGGGUGUCCAUGUUUCCUGUGGGGCUGAUUACGAAGGCAGGGGUCAGUUCACCAAUAGUUCGUAAUGGUGUUUUCUCAGGGUUCUAUGACGGUUGGAUAGGUGGGAGAAAAUUUGCUGUAGAUAUGGCUGGGUUUGCGGUGUCCGUCGAAUUCCUUUUAUUGCGCCCCCAUGCUGUGAUGCCUUUCAAGCCAGGUUUCGAAGAGGACGGAUUCCUGAAAAGUCUGUCACCUUUUGAACCCAAACAAGUUGAGUUACUUGCAACAAAUUGUACAAAAAUACUAGUAUGGCAUACGCAGACAAAGAAGAAUGAACCAUCGUUGCCUAUAGAUAUGAAUAAAUAUAAUAAUUCGAACCUAAUCAUGCUCAAGAAAAUUCUAGUCUAGGCUGUUUUAAUAUUUAUAAUGCUGUAGCAUUACAUAUUGAAGUGAUCAUGCUAUAUAAUGGCAUAUUGUUUUUAAAAAAGUCCAUUCAAAUUGUAUAUAAUGCAUAAAAAUAAUUUAUUUUUUUAUAAGCUACCUACCUACUGAUUUUCAUGUUGAAAGUUAGUUGAAAGAGCAGAAAUAAUCCUGUGUCAUUAAAUUUUAGUAUUUUCUCGUUAGUAUGAUUUGUUUUAAAUCAAAAGUAUUUUCCGAAGGCGAGUGAGAAUUUCUGUUUGGUAGUAUCAAUGUACUUCAAGUGAAUGAGAACAUGAUUGUGAUACUCGUUAUAUCGAUACAUACUCGUUGAAUCAUAUCCCAUUUUACAUUUAAAUUUCAGUUCUCAAGAUAGAGGCUGUGGACGAAUUUUAUACCUACACUAAGUUUAAGGUAUUGCAAUAUACACAAUCAUGUAGAUAUUAGAAUAAAUUUAUUUAUC